GGCUGGGGCAUGGAUCAGGGACACUGUUCCAGUGCCAACAAUGAUUCCAUGAGAUUCCUAGUAUGAGUCAGGCUUGUAGGAUCAGGGUUUAAACCAAGUCAUGUUGUCCAAAGGAAAUUUUUGGUACUGUUUAGUUUCUUGAGUGAAACUGGUGCCUGUUUGAGAAGGGAAGAGAAAAAAAAAUCUUAUUCUGUGGUUCUUUGGGUAGUAGCUUCCACCUGAAACUGGAAACUCUUGAACUGUGUUUCUCAUCACUGAGAACUGAAUUUAUAUGCAUUGCUGAUGCAUCUGUUUAUAGUUUAAAGGAUUGUUCUGAAUGGGCUCGGCUCUACCCUGCUGGUUCUCAGGGCAUUUCUAGAAAACUAAAUUUAUUUGAGGAGCACAGAGAGGUCUAAUCACCAAUAUUUCCAAAAUAGCCAAUGGAGUAAAAGCACUGUAGCAGUGUGGAGAUUCAAUUACUUUAGUGGGAGCAAAUUUAGGUCAACACUGAGCGCUUUUGAAAAUCUCACCCACUGCGCCUUAACGUUUUAUUUAAAUGUCUUUAAUAUUCCUUGUUAUAAAGUUCCUUUUGAACUUUAAAGUUAAGUAGCACCCUUCACUACAAUUUUGUCCACACUGGGGAAAUGUAUUAAACGAUUCAAACUGGUUUUAAAAUCAGUUUGAACCUAGUUAGAACCCCAAUGUAGACAAGGCUCAAGCAGCCAAAAUCAUUCUUAUAACUGGUUUACUUAAGCCUCCUGAUAGCCAAAUUAUUUAAACUGGUUAUAAAUAUGAUUAUGGCCAACAACAAACUUAUUGACUCUGUGGCUCCAAAUGUGGCUCCAACUGAAACUGGUUUGAAUUUUUUGGGAAAAGAUCUGCAGUGUGGACAAGACCUUAAAGUUAACAAAAUGUUUUGUAUCUUUUGGGCCAAGCCAUUUAACAAUGGCUAUUGAUUUUGCAUGCCUUAUUAUUUCACAGACCCUAAGUCCAGAGGGGACCAUUGUGAUCUUCCAGUCUGACUCCUGCCUAAUGCAAGACAUAGAAUUUCAUCUUGUAAUUCCUGCAUCAAGCCCAUGUCUUGUGGUUUAGCUACAGGGUAAAGAGCAAUUUCAGUGUGCCCCAGUUGAGGCGUCUAAAAGGGGCUUCAUUUUUCAGAAAAGGCUGGACACCUGCUAUCUGAAAAUCAGCCCUCUUUCAAGUGUCCCAAGUUGGUCACACAACAGCACUUCUGAAACUCUUGCCCAUUAUAUUCAUUACAUUGCAGCUCCUCUCCCCAGGUUGCUGCCCUGUCCCUAGGGCUUGGGUAUGGCACAUCACGGGUGGGACGGACACACACUCUGCCAGAGAUGAGUUAUAUGUUUGAGCUUCUCUACCUAGGCUGUCAACGACUCCAUGUGUAGUGGAUCCAAGAGGUCUCACCCAGGCCUCUCACCUUCAUUGUGCUAGGCACUGUGCAAAGAUGUUUUAAAUGACAGCCCAUUCCCCAGAGAUUUUAUAAUCUGAGGGUAGCCAUGGUGGUGUGAGCAGCAGGAAGGGGUACCUGCCCCUAAUAUGGUUCUGUCCAAGAUCCUAGGAAUAUACUUCUCCCCGCCCCAUGCUUCCACUGCUGUGGAUACCAUUCUAUUUUUACCAUGCUAGCUCAAUAAGAGGGAGCACAGGUCUGUCUACUCAAGCUGGAAAUGACACAUGCAUCUCCAGUGUAGACAUACCUUAAAAUGAUAGUCUCUCUACACUGGUAAAGUUAGGAGCUGGUUUGCUCUUAUGUAUCGUCUGGCAAUACUCAGGGCUGGUUUGCUGCACACCCUUUUAUGGAUUUUAGCUCUGCUGUGGGUUGAUUCGUGUCAUUUCAGGGAUGCCACCUGCCAUCUGGGUUUCAGAAAAUGAAUUUGCUUCCCUGACUGCAUCAUUCAUUAACUACACCUCACUUCUCUUUGUCCAUAUGUCCCCAGUGCUUUCCAGGCUGUGUUUCCUUGUGGCUGUAUUAUGGCCUGAGAGUUUCUCUAGCUUCCCUUGCCUUGAUGAUCCCGACUACAAUGACCUGGUGAAGAUUGCUGAAAAUGGGCUCGGAAAGGCAACUCAUCCAGUGGAGGUGGUCAUUGUAGGGGCAGGCAUAAGUGGACUCACUGCUGCCAAACUGCUCAGAGAUGCUGGUCACAUGGUUACAGUUCUGGAAACCAGUGGUCGUGUGGGAGGACGAAUCAGGACCUAUCGAGAUGAGACACAAGAUUGGUACGUGGAGUUGGGAGCCAUGCGUUUGCCAAGCAUCCACAGUAUUGUUCGUGAAUUUAUUAGACAAUUUGACCUUAAGCUAAACAAGUUCUCUGAGAUGGAUGACAAUGCCUGGUAUUUGGUUAAUGGUGUCAGGACAACAGCUGGGAAGGUCAAACAGAACCCUGAUAUCUUGAAUUAUACUGUGGCUCCCUCAGAGAGAGGCAAAUCUGCGAAGGAACUUUAUCUAGGAAUUCUGAAGAAGACCCUAAAACAGUUCCGGAGUUCAGGUUGUGAAGAGCUGCUGGAUCAGUAUGACUCCUUUUCCACCAAGGAGUACUUGAUUAAAGAAGGGAAAUUAAGCCAUGGGGCUGUACAGAUGAUCGGAGACUUGAUGAAUGAGGAUGCUGGAUUCCACAUGUCAUUUCUUAACUCUCUCAUGGAGUUUAAUAUCUUCUCUCAUGAAGACGGUUUUGAUGAGAUCACAGGGGGAUUCGACCAAUUGCCCCAGGCCUUCUACCGGUCUAUGCCUGGAGUUGUCCAGCUGAACUGCACAGUAGAGCAGAUAAUAUCCAAUGGUAACAAGGUCCGAGUGUUUUACCGUGCACCCAACACACUGAGCCCCUCCUUAGUGACUGCUGACUAUGUCCUUGUCACAGCCUCAGCAAAAGCCACGAGACAUAUCAAAUUUCUGCCACUGCUUUCCUCCAAUAAGCGCCAUGCCCUGCGCUCCAUUCACUAUGCCACUGCCACCAAGGUUGCCUUGGUCUGCACCGAAAAGUUCUGGGAGAAGGAGGGGAUUCGAGGUGGGCCGUCAGUCACAGAUCACCCUUCCAGAUUCAUCUACUAUCCCAACCACAACUUCUCUAGUGGGGUGGGGGUGAUUGUGGCUUCCUACACGUGGAACGACGACGCUGAAUUCUUUCUUCCCCUGAGUGAUGAGAAGUGCAUCGAUGUGGUGUUGGAGGACCUGGCAGAAAUCCACAAGGUAUCUAAGGGCCAUCUCCGGUUCAUCUGUGAUAAACACGUGAUACAGAGAUGGAACCUGGACAAAUAUUCCAUGGGAGCAUUUGCCUCGUUCACCCCCUACCAGUUUGCUGACUAUUCUGGGCCUUUGUUUCAGAAUGAAGGGAGGGUCCACUUUGCAGGAGAACACACAGCCCAGCCUCAUGCCUGGAUCGACACCGCUAUGAAAUCUGCUGUGAGAGCAGCAAGGAACAUCCACGGGGAUAGCUAUCUGUCAUGGGGGCAACAUCAGCUGCAGAAGCAGCAAGAACAACAAGAGCAGGAGCAGGAAAGGGUUAACUGGGUUCAAAAAGUUGAACUUUAAUUGCUUCAUGGGUAUUUAGGGAAGGCACAACUGCACUGGACACGGAGGGCUGGUCUACACUAAAGCUGUAAGUCGAGCUAAGUUAUGCUACUUCAGUUACGUAAGUUAUGUAACUGAAGUCGACAUGAGUUAGGUCAACUUACAGUGGUUUCUACACUGCACUGUGUCAAUGGGAGACAGUCUCCCGCCGACUUACCUUAAGCUUCUCAAGGAGCUGGAGUACAGACAUCAAUGGGAGAAUGCUCUUACAUCGACUCAGUGGGGCUUCACCAGACCCGCUAAAUCGACACUGCUGCACAGUGCCCAUUUAGCCAUAAGUAUAGACAUGCCCUCUGAGUAGAGAAUUAGAAACUGCACUGCUAAUCUCCUUCACUGGGACAGAUCCUCAGCUAGUGUAAAUUGGUCUAUUUUCGUUGAAGUCAAUAGAUCUACACCAAUCAACACCAGUAGUGGAUUUGGCCCCAUAUCUGUUGUAAGUAAACUGAGAUUGUACUUCUCCUUUGAAAUAUUAGAUAGACAGAUAGAUCUAUUACAGUAUAGGAACCUCCAUAGAAAUAGUUGGUUUCAUUAAUCGAAGUUAUUACUGAUCAAAUACACUGCACUAACCUGUUCUUUAUAAAGAGAAAAACAAUUGUUCUGUAGCAUCCUAUCAAUAAAGGAAGAGAUGGAAAUAAUUAAAUAUUGCUCAGUUUCAAUGAAUUGCUUUUAUCUUGUUUAUAAGUUGUAAACCAUGAUAUUUUGCAGUGGUGAUGCUAUGGAACAGGGAAGGCUGAGAGAACAGCUUAUUCCGAAACAAACUCCAAUCAGUUACACUUGUCUAAACAUGUUUCUGACAAUGCAAAUAAACAAAACCAGGCAUGUGCUGAUGGCCUUAAAUCCUAGGCCCUGGCUAGACUAGAAUUGUUGGUCAUGUUGUCACUCAGGUUGAUUGACAUGUUGGGUGAACUCACAUGAUGCUGAAUGCAAAUGUAGAUACUCCACAAAUGUUUGUUGUUGGUCACGGGUUCAAGUUAGGGCUCAGGAACCAGAUUGGGAAGCAAUAUUUGUGCCCCUGAACAAACAAGGGCAAAAAUUUUGGUCUUGGCAGGGCCCUGUGCGAUUUCUUUUCCAAGAAAAUGUGAAUUAAACAUUUUCAGAUAUUGCUGAAGUACAUAAGGGUGAAAUAAGCCAUUUCUCUGCCACUGUGGGAUUUGUUUUGAGGGUGUCUUUGUUAGUGACACUGGGCACUACUCUAGGUAACUCGGGAGGGUGGAAGACUACAAGUGUCAAUAAAGCCCUCUUGCUCUAGGCCCAAAUAAACUAAAGCCCCUCUGCUCCUUAAACUUUCUGUGACCCUGCACAACUAUGAGGAAGGUAGCACACAAACAGACAGGUUUGCACACGGCUCGCUAGCCAAGGCCAGCUUCGGCCUGGAAAACAUAUAAAUAAGGCAAAAAUGUUUAGCAAAAACCAGUAACAAAUAAACCAAAUAAGGCAAGGCUCGGGCAAUGCUACUGAGGAAAAACAUAACUGGCUGCUUUAGCUAAUUGGCUACGGUAUUGUAUGGGGCAACAGGUAAUUGGUUGUAUAAGCUUGUGUAGUAAAGUAGGCAAAGGUAUAAAAUGUAAACUGUAACCUGCAUUUGGGGCUGCAGGAUUGGAGACAGCUCAGUCUCCCUGCGCCCUAUUUGGAGCUCCAAAUAAAUCUCUCUGCUUCUCCACCCCGUUGUGGUCAUUGGUGCGACGCAUACCGGGCAACGAAUCCAGCUGUUGCUUGCCGCGGGCACUCUGUGCCGGCAACAUGUUCAUCCUGAAACUGGGCAUGUGAUUUGGCCACUCUUCCUCACUUGGAAUAGUACUUCACUCUGGGCCUGAUUCUACCACACUUCCUUAUUUUAUGUAAUACCUAAGUCCUGGUCUGCUCUAGAAAAUUAGGUCAUCAUAACUAAGUCACUCAGGCAAGUGAAAAAUCUACACUCCUGAUUGGCCUAGUUAAGCCAACCCAAGUCCCUGAGUAGAUAGCGCCAGGGUGACUGAGGAAUUCUUCUGUUGACCUAGUUACCGCCUCUCGGGGCGGGGGUUUACCUACACCAAUGGGAGAAUCCUUCCCGCAGGCGUAAAUCGUGUCUACAUAGAAGAGGUAAAGAGAUGCUGCUGUAGCGUUUCAAGUCCAGACAAGCCCUUUAGCUCUGAUUAGCCCCAUGGGGUACAAGAAUGAGCAGUUACUCACAUUGGACAAUGGGAUGUUCUGAUAAUGGGCUCUCUCAAUCUCUCCUGUUGAAGCUGUUCCAUUUUAAUUAAAUAUUAAGUGGGCCAGAGGAAGAGUGAGAAUCAUGAGUAUUGGUAAACAAGUAUUUAGGGCACUCACCUGAGAGGUGUGAGACUCCUCUUCAAACCUAUUUUUCUCAUCAGGCCAAAAGGGGAAUUGAACAGGGUUUUCCCACAUCCUGGUGAGCGUGCUAACCACUGGGCUAAAAGUUGGGAAGAAGCUCUCCCCCAGCCCAGCUGUUUUAUUUGGAGUUAUGUGUGGUUGGAGCACACCUGUUGGAUUGAGGAAUGCCUAUGUUCUUAGUAAAAAGAAAAGGAGGACUUGUGGCACCUUAGAGACUAACAAAUUUGAGCAUAAGCUUUUGUGAACUACAGCUCACUUCAUCGGAUGCAUGUAGUGGAAAAUACAGUGGGGAGAUUUUAUAUACACAGAGAACAUGAAACAAUGGGUGCUACCAUACACACUGUAACAAGAGUGAUCAGGUAAGGUGAGCUAUUACCAGCAGGAGAGCGGGGGGAGGGGAGGAAAGCUUUUGUAGUGAUAAUCAAGGUGGGCCAUUUCCAGCAGUUGACAAGAAUGUGUGAAAAACUGUGUGUGUGUGUGUGAAAUAAACAUGGGGAAAUAGUUUUACUUUGUGUAAUGACACAUCCACUCCCAGUCUUUAUUCAAGCCUAAGUUAAUUGUAUCCAGUUUGCAAAUUAAUUCCAAUUCAGCAGUCUCUCGUUGGAGUCUGUUUUUGAAGUUUUUUUGUUGAAGAAUUGCCACUUUUAGGUCUGUAAUCGAGUGACCUAAGAGAUUGAAGUGUUCUCCAACUGGUUUUUGAAUGUUAUAAUUCUUGAUGUUUGAUUUGUGUCCAUUUAUUCUUUUAUGUAGAGACUGUCCAGUUUGACCAAUGUACAUGGCAGAGGGGCAUUGCUGGCAUUGUUGGUCACUCAAGUACAGACCUAAAAGUGGAUACAGACUUAGCCAUUGGCUGAACAAGAAGUAUGACUGAGUGGACUUGUAGGUGCUAAAGUUUUACAUUGUUUUGUUUUUGAGUGCAGUUAUGUAACAACAAAAACUACAUUUGUAAGUUGCACUUUCAUGAUAAAGAGAUUGUUUGUACAGUGCUUGUAUGAGGUGAAGUGAAAAAUAAUCUUUUGUUUAUUUUUACAGUGCAAAUAUUUGUAAUAAAAAUAAUAUAAAGUGAACACUGUACACUUUGUAUUCUGUGU